AUGACUGCACAACUAUUCUGCACUCUUGCCUGCAACUUGACAAAGUCCUCGGUCACUGUACGUUUAAAGGAGCCCUGGGCUGUUCCCAACCCACUUUUGACUUGCCUCUGCGUCAGACGAGAACGGACUCCUCGCGUUUGCUUCGCCGGGGACGUUCGGCCCGGCUCGCCCGUGCGUCUGGGGUUCCCGCCCGGAGGACAAAGGCCCGACGCGCAGGGCUCACCCAGGCCCGCCCAGUUGUUCCAGCGCGGCCGCGAGGCCGUAGGCGGGCCGAGGGACCUGCCCUGGCGUCGCGCCCGCCGCGAGUGUAGGCGUCGGCUCUCUCCACCCGUUCUCCCGACCUCCCGGCCAGCGGCAGCGGCAGCGGCAGCGGCAGCAGCAGCAGCAGCAGCAGCAGUAGCAACCCCACGGACUGGGCGACCGCCUCACCUCAGCAGCGGACAAUGGCGGUCGCUCCCCCCACCCACCCCGGCCCGGCGUCGACCGGGACGCGCCGCGCAGGCUGCUGGGAGUGGUAGUUCCAGGCGGAGCGCUUCCGGUUAG